UAAAAUUUUGAUUCAAGAACUGUCUCAUAAAUUUAUUUAACAUACCUAACCAAAAAAUUUCAAAAUGCCUCUUGACUAUCGGAGAUUCAAUGGGCCCGAGGAUAGUAUAUCGUAUAAAUGUUAUACAAAGGACUAUUUGAAGACUUAUCAGGAGCUUCAUGAUUGUUUACUAAAUGACGAAGGACAGAGACAGGACGGACGUGCUCAAAAUGAAUCGAGGAGUUUGUAUGCCAGAACUGAUAUGGUGUCGCAAGCUAAGGGUUCUUCAUAUGUUGAACUGAAGAAAACCAAAGUUGUAUGCUCUGUAUUUGAUCCACGAGAGAUACCACAUCAAAACGAGUUCAGUCAACUUGGUCAGCUGUACUGUGAAGUGAAAUUUGCGCCAUUUUCAUGUCCUCGAAAACGGCGACCGCAUGCGCCCGAUGCGGAAGAAAGGGCACUCUCUGUAUCAUUAAGACAAGCACUGGAGCCCACUGUAUGCAGACAUUUGUUCCCAAACUAUCAGAUUGACGUCUUUGUAUACAUACUAGAACUAGAUGGUUCAUGUUUAGCAGCAUCCAUAAAUGCAGCAGGUUUAGCAUUAGCCAAUGCAGCCGUGCCCAUGUAUGACAUCAUUACAUCAAGUUCAGUAGCAAUUGUUGGUGAUAAAAUGUUGGUAGAUCCCACAGAAGCCGAGGAAUAUAUAGCAACCACAUGCCCAGAUGACAAUAUAAACCAUGGUGUCAUAACCAUGUCAGUAUUAUCAGGACUUAAACAAGUAUCAGAUUUUACCCAAGUAGGAUCUAUGGAUAUUGAUAGUGUUAAUCAAGCAAUGGAUUUAUUAGAAAAUGAGUGUAAAAAACUUGUGCCAAAUAUACAAAAAGUGCUUGUUAAAAACGUUGUGCAAGGUAUUGAACGAAUGAAGAUACUUGAAGAGGAAUCUAAAGAAAGGGAAAAAAUAUUAAAUGCUAAAAUAGAAGUAUGGAAAACACUAUUAAAUGGUGGUUGAUAAUUUUGUAUAUAUUUUCUGUAAAUGUUGUUUUAAACAUCUGAUUGUACUUGAAGGCUAAUUUAAUAUACAAAUAAUUACUGGUUUUUGCAUUUUU